AUGGAUCCACCUAUUAUUUCUCAGCCUACGGUAGCAAGUUCUAAUCCUGGGCAGUCAAACCAAAAUGAAUGGAGAAAUGUAACCAGCCCUCUGAAUAAUUCUAUUUGUGACUUCAUUCCUGGUUCAUUAUCCGCAUCUACACAGAAUGUUCGUGAUCCCAUUUCAUCAACUCAAAAUCCAAUGAGUAAUAUUACCCAGUGUCCAGAAACAAACUUGAGUUCAUGUAACACACUCGUAGAUGAAAACUGGCCCCCAAAGUUUUCUGAUAAAUGUCAGCGAAAUAUUGCUGUUACGGGUUCCAAUUUAUCGCCUUCUGAUACUGCUUUACUGCGUAAAUUUUGUUUACAAUUCAGUGUUUCGGAACACAGUCGUUUCAUUCCUCAAAAGACAACUCAUGUAGUAAUUAAAGAAGAAGCAGGUCGUCCUCGUGUAGUUAAACGAACCUUAAAAUACUUUAUGGGUAUUCUUAAUCGAGCAUGGAUUGUAAAUACUGAUUGGGUUCGUGAAUGCGUGACAUCCAAAAGACUUCUGGAUGAGUCGCCAUAUGAGAUUGAAGGAGAUACAGUUUGUGGCGAUUGUCAUGAGGGUCCUAGACGUGGUAGACUUGGUGUACCAGCCAUUCCUCAAUCUCUUGACAGGUUACCUUUCCGAAAUUCCUCUAGCCGAUUGAAUGAAGCUGAAUCCAGUGAUCGCCGUCCAUUUGCUGAACUAUGGCUCUGUGCAUAUCGUAAUUUGGGAGCUCUACAAGUGGCUGAUUUUUGUCAGUUGGCAUUAGAUGGAGGUGCUACACGAGUUUUCGAAAAACCUUCGGAAUUAAUGGAUGCAACCAAUAAAUUAACUGAAUCGCUGGGAAUUAUAGGGACAGAUGUUCGGAAACCGCGUGCUGUAAUUCUUACAGACAAAGAUUCUUCUGAAUUCAAUCUUCAAGAGUGUCAGGAGCUCUAUCGAGUUUACGGUGUGCCUGUUAUAAGUAUUGAAUGGAUGCUGAACUGUAUUUCAUUAUAUCGUCGUUUACCAAUUAAUCAAGCUUAUCGUAUAUGUCCAACUCCUCAACCUGUUUCCGUAUCUAUUUCCAAAUCUUAA